GACCUAGAUACUCACGCAAGCGCCCUCAGUGCUUCGUCAAGUAUACAGAUUUGUGAGAAAAGUAAAUUUGUUAGUUAAACAUAAACAACUUAAACUGUACAGUUCAGUCGUUAUUUAUUAUUAUAUGCCAAUUACCAACUCUUGUUAUGAGGAUAGGGUUACAACCAACUAACAGGGAGACUUGAAUUAAGCUAGAUUUAUAAGUCAAUAAGAUUCUGUAAAUGUGAUAAGCAUAGAACAUAAAUUGUAUAUUGAUUUUCAUCUUCAGACGACAAAAGUUAAGCCUAACUUUUCCCAUUAUACCUACCUUACCCUUAAAAAGUUGGCGUUUAAAUUCAAAGUACGUUUGUCACAUUAUUUAAACUUACAGCUGAAAUUAAGAUUGGAGAAUUCAGUCCCCAUUAGUACUUGAUUGAAAAUUUUGCUAGUUAGCGAUAUUGAUACAGUUAACUUAAUUGCAAUGCUUUCUAGUUUAGUCAAAGACCAUCAGCAACGUCAACAAGUUCGCAGAGAAGAGCAAGAAAAAAAAAGAAAAGAUGCAAUAAUUGCAGCAAAUAAUUUGACAUCAGCUUUGGUGGAUCAUCUUAAUGUUGGAGUUGCUCAAGCUUAUUUAAACCAGAAACGAUUGGAUGCCGAAGCAAAACAACUUCACAUGAAUGCAACUCAGUUUGCUAAACAGACAACACAGUGGCUUCAACUUGUAGAUAAUUUUAAUCAGUCCUUAAAGGAACUAGGUGAUGUGGAGAACUGGGCCAAAAGCAUGGAGGCCGAUAUGAGGACAAUUUCUAGUGCUCUAGAAUAUGCUUACAAAGUUGGCCAGGAAGGAUCAUAAGAAGUAUCCAUGGGAACUGGCUUAUUAGAUACCCAGAAGCUUAUGAACAUUAAUGUCUAAAAACAGUUUGUAAAAUAAUCAUUGUUUAAGCUUCAUCUGUAAUGAUACAAUGACAUCGUACAAAUAUUUUUAUUUCUUUGAAAAGUCAAAGAAAUAUUUUGAUUGGUCAAAAAAAUUAAUUUACACCUAACUUUUCUUUGCGAUGAGAUAUGUUCAUGCAUUCAAGAAUGUUCAAAAGACAGUAAAUAUUAUUUGGAGAUUGAUUUGAGAUUAAUUGUAGAUUUAUGAUUUUUGUGUUUGUAAAAUACUUUUUAGGGUAAUUAAAAAGUAAAUAUGAA